AUGGCUUUGGCCGGGCUCUGCUCGCUGCUGGCCGGCUGCUGCCUGGCCGCGGGCAGCGGCCCCGCCGAGGCGGCGGCGGAGGCGGCAGCCAAGGAGCUGGAGUGCAAGCUGAAGAGCAUCACGGUGUCGGCGCUGCCCUUCCUGCGGGAGAACGACCUCAGCAUCAUGCACGGCCCCUCGGCCGCCGAGCCCAAGCUGCUCUUCUCGGUCCGCAACGAUUUCCCCGGCGAGAUGGUGGUGGUGGAUGACCUGGAGAACACGGAGCUGCCCUACUUCGUGCUGGAGAUCUCAGGCAACACGGAUGACAUCCCUCUGGUGCGCUGGCGGCAGCAGUGGCUGGAGAAUGGCACCCUGCUCUUCCACAUCCACCACCAGGACGGGGCCCCCAACCUGCCCGGCUUCGACCCCACUGAGGAGCCCCAGACUGAGUCGGCAGAGGAGGAGCUGAGGAUCCUCCACAUCUCUGUCAUGGGAGGGAUGAUCGCCCUGCUGCUGUCCAUCCUGUGCCUGGUGAUGAUCCUCUACACCCGCCGGCGCUGGUGCAAGCGGCGUCGCGUGCCGCAGCCCCAGAAGAGCGCCAGCGCCGAGGCUGCCAACGAGAUCCACUACAUCCCCUCAGUGCUGAUCGGGGGCCAUGGGCGGGAGAGCCUGCGCAACGCCCAGCGUGUGCAGGGCCACAACUCCAGCGGCACCCUCAGCAUCCGCGAGACGCCCAUCCUGGACGGCUACGAGUACGACAUCACCGACCUGCGGCACCACCUCCAGCGCGAGUGCAUGAACGGCGGCGAGGACUUCGCCAGCCAGGUCACCCGCACACUGGACUCGCUGCAGGGCUGCAAUGAGAAGGCCAGCAUGGACCUCACGCCAGGGAGCGACAACGCCAAGCUGUCCCUGAUGAACAAGUACAAGGACAACAUCAUUGCCACCAGCCCCGUGGAUUCCAACCACCAGCAGGCCACGCUGCUGUCCCAUACCUCCAGCAGUCAGCGCAAGCGCAUCAACAACAAAGCGCGAGCUGGCUCAGCGUUUCUCAACCCCGAGGGGGACUCAGGGACAGAGGCAGACACCGAUCCCCAGCUGACCUUCUACACGGACCCCUCGCGGAGCCGCAGGCGCAGCAGAGUGGGGUCCCCCCGAAGCCCUGUGAACAAGACCACACUGACCCUCAUCAGUGUGACGAGUUGUGUCAUCAGCCUGGUAUGCUCUUCCCACAUGAACUGCCCCCUUGUCGUCAAGAUCACCCUCCAUGUCCCUGAGCACCUGAUCGCUGACGGAAGCCGGUUCAUCCUGCUGGAGGGGAGCCAGCUGGAUGCCAGUGACUGGCUGAACCCAGCACAGGUUGUCCUCUUCUCCCAGCAAAAUUCCAGUGGGCCCUGGGCCCUGGACCUCUGUGCCCGGCGCCUCCUGGACCCCUGUGAGCACCAGUGUGACCCCGAGACAGGUGAGUUGCUCUGCCAUGUCCCUGAUGUCCCUGUCUCCACAGGGGAAUGUCUCUGCUAUGAAGGUUACAUGAAGGACCCUGUGCACAAGCACCUCUGCAUCCGGAAUGAGUGGGGAACGAACCAGGGGCCUUGGCCAUACACCAUCUUCCAGCGUGGCUUUGACUUGGUGCUGGGCGAGCAGCCUUCUGACAAGAUUUUUCGGUUCACCUACACCUUGGGGGAGGGCAUGUGGCUGCCCCUGAGCAAGAGCUUCGUCAUCCCACCAGCUGAGCUGGCCAUCAACCCCUCAGCCAAGUGCAAGACUGACAUGACGGUGAUGGAGGAUGCAGUGGAGGUCAGGGAAGAGCUGAUGACCUCGUCCUCCUUCGACAGCCUGGAGGUCCUGCUGGACUCCUUCGGCCCCGUUCGUGACUGCUCCCGGGACAACGGCGGCUGCAGCAAGAACUUCCGUUGCAUCUCGGACCGCAAGCUGGACUCCACGGGCUGUGUGUGCCCAACAGGACUGAGCCCCAUGAAGGAUGGCACGGGCUGCUACGACCGGCACGUGGGCGUGGACUGCUCCGACGGCUUCAACGGGGGCUGUGAGCAGCUGUGCCUGCAGCAGAUGGUCCCCCUGCCCGAGGACCCCCUGCUCUACAACAUCCUCAUGUUCUGUGGGUGCAUUGAGGACUACAAGCUGGGCGCGGAUGGGCGCUCGUGCCAGCUGAUCUCGGAGUCGUGCCCCGAGGCCGGGGACUGUGGUGAGCCCCGCGAGCUGCCCAUGAACCAGACGCUCUUCGGGGAGCUCUUCUACGGCUACAACAACCACUCCAAGGAGGUGGCACCAGGGCAGGUGCUCAAAGGGACGUUCAGGCAGAACAACUUUGCCCGGGGCCUGGAGCAGCAGCUGCCGGAUGGGCUGGUGGUGGCCACAGUGCCCUUGGAGAACCAGUGCCAAGAGGAGCUCUCUGACCCCACUCCCGACCCUGAGUUCCUCACUGGGAUGGUGAACUUCAGCGAGGUUUCUGGGUACCCCCUCCUGCAGCACUGGAAGGUGCAGUCUGUCAUGUACCAUGUCCGGCUCAACCAGAUGACCAUCUCCCAGGCCUUCAGCAAUGCACUCCACUCUCUGGAUGGAGCCACCUCCCGUGGAGAUUUUGUGGCGCUGCUGGACCAGUUUGGCAACCACUACAUCCAAGAGGCAGUGUAUGGCUUUGAGGAGUCCUGCUCCAUCUGGUAUCCCAACAGGCAGGUCCAGCGGCAGCUCUGGCUGGAGUAUGAGGACAUCAGCAAAGGCAACUCCCCCUCGGAUGAGUCAGAGGAGCGGGAGCAGGACCCGAAGGUGCUGACAUUCCCUGAGUACAUCGCCAGCCUCUCUGAGUCGGGCACCAAGCGCAUGGCAGCCGGAGUGCGGAUGGAGUGCCAGAGCCGCGGGCGCUGCCCCUCCUCCUGCCCGCUCUGCCACGUCUCCUCCAGCCCCGACGUGCCAGCCGAGCCCAUCCUGCUGGAGGUCACCAAAGCAGCCCCCCUCUAUGAGCUGGUCACCAACAACCAGACCCAGCGGCUCCUGCAGGAGGCCACCAUGAGCUUGCUGUGGUGCUCGGGCAGCGGGGAUGUCAUCGAGGACUGGUGCCGCUGUGACUCGAGUGCCUUUGGGGCCGAUGGGCUGCCCACCUGUGCUCCUCUCCCACACCCAAUCCUGCGUCUCUCCACCGUACAUGAGCCCAGCAGCACACUGGUGGUACUGGAGUGGGGCCACUCGGAGCCCCCCAUUGGGGUGCAGAUUGUGGACUACCUCCUUCGUCAAGAGAAAGUCACCGACAGAAUGGACCACUCCAAGGUGGAGACAGAGACAGUGCUGAGCUUUGUGGAUGACAUCAUCUCUGGUGCCAAGUCCCCCUGUGCCAUGCCAGCCCAAGUGCCUGACAGACUCUCCUCCACCAUCUCCCUCAUCAUCCGCUGCCUGGAGCCCGACACCACCUACAUGUUCACGCUCUGGGGAGUUGACAACACAGGAAGACGUUCCAGGUCAAGUGAUGUGACGGUCAAGACGCCCUGCCCUGUGGUAGAUGAUGUGAAAGCUCAAGAAAUAGCAGACAAGAUCUACAACCUCUUCAAUGGCUACACGAGUGGCAAGGAGCAGCAGACAGCCUACAACACCCUGCUGGACCUGGGCUCCCCCAGCCUCCACCGAGUCCUCUACCACUACAACCAGCACUACGAGAGCUUUGGGGAGUUCACCUGGCGCUGUGAGGAUGAGCUGGGGCCCAGGAAGGCUGGCCUCAUCCUCUCGCAGCUGGGGGACCUCAGCAGCUGGUGCAAUGGCCUCCUGCAGGAGCCCAAGAUCAGCCUCCAGCGCUCCUCCCUCAAGUACCUCGCCUGCCGCUACAGCGAGAUCAAGCCCUAUGGGCUCGACUGGUCGGAGCUCAGCCGUGACCUCAGGAAGACGUGCGAGGAGCAGACACUGAGUGUCCUUUACAAUGACUAUGGUGACAAGGACUACUGAGGGUUCUGGGCACCUGCUCUCAGGCUGGCCUUCCCAUGGGCGUUUCUGAGGGUUUUACACAUGGACCCAUGGAGGGGGAGGGUGUCACUGGUGUUUCUGGAGGCGAGAAUUUAGAUUGGGGAGCAAAACUGGCUGCUCUGUGCAGGACUGACUCAGUAUUAGUUUCUUCUUCAACUUGGCCAAAAGCCUUUCUAGUUAGAAGUCUUGUGGGACCCAGUUUUCUUGGUUUUGUUUUAUUCAUUUUGCCAAGAGGUUCCUCAGCAUUGGUGGAGAGGGCAGGCUGGGAGGGCACAGCCCUCUUCUCCUGCCCCAUCCCUGCCCUGGCUGUGGGGACUGUCUUCAAAGGCAAGUGACACCAGUCACAUGGGAGAAACAUGGUGACACAGCCAGGAUGGGAGAGCAGGUGAUGUAGGCAAAAAUGGAGGCAGGGCAUGCAGGUCAGGUUGAGAUGCUUAUGUUUAUGGCUGAGCUGUUCAGCCACGGGGUGGCCAGCAGGGUUGAGAUGGGGUUUUUUGCAAUUGUAAAGCAUGAGGUCAGGGUGAGACCUGAGAGAGCAAUGGUACUGUUGGUGGGCAGAGCUGGUGUGGUGUCAUCAGCUGGGGCGAAGAGGCGGGGGCAUUGUGACCCCCAUCUCCUCAGGUUCUUCUGCCAUGAUCAAAACCCACAGGUGCUCCAAGAUGCAGAGUCCUCCAAAAAAAAAGCAGCUUGGCCUCAGGGCCAGUAGUCAGCAGGACAUCAUGAGCUUUCUUCUUGAGGGACCACUUUCCUUGGAAGUCAAUCUUAAAAUCCUUUCUAUUAUCUUUUUUUUUUCUUUUACCCACUAUAAUAAAAACUUAGAAGCAACAUCAAGCGGCUGCUGAGGAGAACUCAUCUAGGAGAGCAGCAGCUGGAUGACACAGACAAGAUGUUCUGCACCAGACACUUGCAGCUGUGGUAUAGCCCAGGCUCUGUAUGGUGAGGGGAGAGGGAUGCAAGAUACCCCAAUGCCAUGGUGCAGGAUGGUGCUGAAGGUUCUGCUCCCAGAGAGGGCGUGGAGGAGAGGCUUCUGGGGGUGUUGCUUGCCCGUGUUCAGGCUCACAUCUGCCUCUUCCUCUGGUAACAAUUUUUUAAAGCUAGAGAGCUGGGGUUGUACUGGGAUACUGGGUUUGGUUCAGAGCAAACGAUUCUCCAAAUCCCUGUCCCUGCUGAUGAUGUUGGAGGCAGAAAACAGGUUCCUUUUAGCUUCAGCUUCCUGCCUGGUUUGCAGAGGAGGCACCUCUGGACUUGCCAGCUGCGCACCUUUGAUCUAGACAAGACCAGAGACCUACAGUGGGAUUUUUACGAUGCCUCCAGAGAGAAAUUUCCUUUUUAUUUUUUUCAGUCUUGGCAGGAACAGUCUUCAGCCUCAUAUGAUUUUCUGCCUCAUUCCUCCUCCUACCUGCCAAGGACAUGGCUCGAAUAUUUGUGUGGUGCUGAGAGGGAGGUGGCUGUGCUCUGCACCCGGUCACUGCCGACAGCGCUGCAGCACCAGAUUUUCUUAACAGCAGCUCAGUAUCUUCCUGCAGGACCACACAGUGCUUUGCUCUUUCCUUCUCAUGGGCAGACAUCUCUCCAGGGGCAGCUGGCCUGGACUGGGGAGCUGCUGGGAGCAGCCACCAUCAGUCAGUAUGACCUGGGCAUCCCUGUGUCAUUGCUGUAAUGUGUGUCUAGCAGGGGUAAUCAGACAAAUGUUUGCUCUGUGCAAGAAGGAAGUCUCCUGGAUCCUUUUGGCUUUUUCUUAUGUGUUUGUCCUUAUAUUUUGAUGUGCCUGAUGCUGCCAAGGGCUUAGGGCUCAGAGUGAGACCAGUGCCACCUCCAUGCACAGGUAUAGAGUGGCAGGUGAUCGGUACUGAGUCAUCACUCCUUUUCCUUUUAGCGAGACUCUUGGCCAAGACACUUCUGUUUAUCCAUUUGCUUAUCCCAGCAGAUGCUGAGACAACUUUUAACUUCCAGCCAGGCAGCCAUCCAGCCAUGGGCAAAGGGCACCUCUGCUCAACACCUCGAAGGGAUGUUUGAAGGAAGUCUGCUCUGGCCCAGACACCAGUUGGUUUCUCGCCAAGUAAUACCGUGUACAUGGCCUUUAUGUGAAAUGCAGACUGUUUUCCUUUGGGUAGCAGACUCCUCUCUUUUAUUGCUUACUAGGUGCAGCAGCAAGGACAGGAGCAGUGCUGUCUGCCAGCCACUCGCUGUGACACUGCCAGGAAAACCCUGGACACCCCAUGCAUUCACACCUGCCUAAGUUACUUUUUCAUCUGGCCCCAAGAUUUACACCGAGGCUCUGCAGAUAUUUCUGUUCUUCUUCUGUGCUGACACUUCAAAGCCCUUGCAUGGGCAACCAAAGCCCUGCAGCAUCAUCAGCCAGCUGGGCUGGGCUCUGCUCCCUGGGUCCUGGCUUCUCCAUGGGCUGGGCUUUGGAGAGUGAGGGGAAAGCCACCCUUCCUUUGGGGUCCUUUGGCAGCAUCCUUGCACAGCUGGAUGGGGCUCAGCAUCCUCACCCUGUGACAGACUGUGCAGGCUGCUGGCAGGUCUGUGCUCUGCUGCUUUGCCCACUGUGGUGCCCCUGCAGCUGCUGUGCUGGCAGGGCCUGGCAGCCUGGCACAUCUGUGGGGCCAUUUUCACAGUGACCCUGGCUUUGUGAGGGCUUCCUUCUUGGUAUCCUCACUCUAGCUUUGCAAGUCAGAAUCUUGUCCAAGCUUGGAUUUUCUUGCCCAAGUCUCUCAGCUACCACACGAGUCCCUUUCUGACAAAUGCCAACAGCCACCAUGGGAUACCAGACCAAUCCAGCAUGGGGGCUGUCCCUUGGUUGUAGACCUGGCCUUGGUGAGAUGUGCUGUGUGGGGCUUGCUCACCCAAAAUAGGCGUGCCCUGGUCUAGUGGAAGGUAGUGCUGUCCAUGGCAGCAGGGUUAGUACCAAAUGCUCAUUAAGGUCUCCUCCAAGUUAAACCACUCUGUGUCUCUGAGAUUGCCUGCAGAGCUGACACCACCCACAUCUAUUGCAGGGUCCUACUGUUGGGCCUGCACAAUAUUUUCUCUCUUGGACUCCUGAUUCUUCCCAAGCUGCCAGCAACAAGAGGAUUCUUUUCCAACCAUUUUUGCAACCUCCUUCUACCCCCCCCCUUCUUUUUGUUUUAUUUCUGAAUUAAUGAGCAAUCAUUCACCUGAGAUGAACCUCUGAGUCGUUAAUUUUUCUUUGCUGCGUCCAUACCCCUGUAAUAGCAUUACUACCUUUUCCUUGUCGUGGAGUUAUUUAACAUAUAAAGACAGUUUUGUCCUUUUCUUUACAAAGAUGGCUAUAAUUCAUGUUCCUUGAUGUUCUAUUAAAACUCUAAUGUGACGUUUUACUACUGUAGAUUGAAAGUAGGGUGCUUUAGGGUGAUAUAGCCAUGUGGCAAGAAAUACAAAACCCUUCUGGAUUACUUUAAAAAAAAUAAUUAAAAAAAAACGGUUUUAAACAACAGCAACAAAAAUCAUUGUACCACUAUGUAAAACUCCAGAUGAUAAUUUAACUGACUAUUAAAAGGAGCUGUUAGUAA